ACAUCGCCAUGACUUCUGCGUGAUGGACGGCCUACUGUCCUGCUACCUGGAGCACUCAAUCUGCAGCUAGCGAGUCUUCAACAAUCAUCCCAACCACCAGACUCUGGGUUGAGACGAAGAUUCCCGAGGAAGUGUUAUCGUGCUCUGCAUGCAAGCAGCCACGGCUCACUUCCACUCGGACAGCCCCCGCCAGAUCCAAGUGUCGGAUACAUGCAUGAAUGUUUGACGUUCGCUGACUCUUUCUUUCGUUCUGCAACAGAAGAGAUCCAUCACGAACCAUUCUCCAUUUUCGUGCGACUUUAUUACGAACACAGCAUACGGGCAUUUUGUUUCCUCUUCAACCCUUCUGUUUCGCAGAUCUAUACGCAUUCGAAUUUGAUUGCCAUUUUUGGAUUCCUAAUUGAACAAGCUUUUUGUAUGACUACGAAAGAAAUUGGUUCUCAUUUCACCUAUAUAUACUAUAUGCCUAAAUUUCCAAAAGGUUUCGGGCGGCGAAAAUCGACCGCAAAUGCAUUUGAGGACGGCACAGAGGCUCCGGUAGAGCAUUCAUUCAAGGUUUUCGAGCGUCCAGACAGCGGCAGCAAGUCUUUCGACGGAGGAGCAAAGUUAGGAAAGACGGCAAUUGCAGCUCCAGGGAGGAGACCGUUGUCGCAUUUGGAUGACGACAACAUGUUCGAAAACAUUGGCAGUAAUCGGUAAGCACAAACUGGUGCGAGGAUGACACUGGACAAGAAAAGGAUACAUCGUCUUCGUUGCGAACUGUACGAAGAAAUUGCUGAUUUUGUGAAAG